UCACUUGGUGUUUGUCUUUCCGUAGAGGGCGCGGGGAUGAAGCUGUUCAGCCUGAGCAUCUUGUACAAGGGCGCGACUGGAGUCAACCUGCUCAAAGCAGCAUACGAUGUUUCUACCUUCAGCUUCUUCCAGAGGUCCAGUGUCCAGGAGUUUAUGACCUUCACAAGCCAGCUGAUUGUGGAACGAUCCCAGCGAGGGAGCCGGGCGGCAGUGAAGGAGCAAGAUUACUUGUGCCACGUCUGCAUCCGGAACGAUUCCUUGGCAGGGGUGGUCAUCGCUGACAGCGAGUAUCCUUCCAGAGUUUGCUUCUCUCUCCUUGAUAAGGUGCUCGAGGAAUUCUCCAGACAGGUGGAUAGUAACGAGUGGCCCUCAGGUUCCCCGAACGUGAUUCGCUACACAGGCCUCGACGCCCACCUCGCCCGCUACCAGAACCCCCGUGAAGCAGACGCCAUGUGCAAAGUACAGGCCGAGUUGGACGAAACGAAAGUGAUCCUGCACAACACGAUGGAAUCGCUGCUGGAACGGGGGGAGAAACUGGACGACCUGGUCUCCAAGUCGGAGGUUCUGGGCACCCAGUCGAAAGCUUUUUACAAGACGGCUCGGAAACAGAACUCCUGCUGCGAGAUCAUGUGACUUGUGGACUGGAACAACCACUCCCCACCAUCCCACCCCUCCACUUGGUGCCAACCACCUCCCCACCACCCUCGUCUUCAUCUCUACAAAAGGACAUGGUCGGUUUGCAACCCAUUGGCAGUGUGCAGUGGCUCUCACGCUCCCCGUCUGUCUGUCUCUCUCUCUCUCUCACUCUCAGCAGCAUGGAGAAGGCAGAGGCUCUGUGAGCCUCAACACCACAAACCUCGCGUUGACGGGCGGUUGCAAACUGGUUUCCCCUCACGAAUGCCCCACACUUAUUUCUGCCCAGGUGAUGUGGGUGAGAGUCCCCUCCUCCACUCCCUGCCAGAGGUUCAGAGACAGCGAACUUUGAACAGAGUGGGUUUUGAGCUCUCCCCUUUUUUAAAAAAAAAACAGAACACCAGGUCGUGUGUUUGCAGAGCGAGAGAGAGCACACGACUACAGAAAGGCUCUUGAACCUGCCCCCACCACUGAUCAUUCCUUUUAAACUCCACCAUUCCCUCUUCACAUCGUUUCCUCAGCGCGGUUGUGUGUGUGUGUGUGUGUCCCAGGCUGCGGAGGGACAGUCCCAUCGCCUGUCCACUGAUUUUCCUCCAGGUUACUCUGAGACAGCUGAAAAACUCAAGCCUCUCUCUGUCUGUCUCCUUGACAACAUUUCGAAAAGGUGGCGGGGGGGGGGGUCUCCUGGCUUUUGCUGCUGAAAGGGAGCAGAGACCAGAGAAGGGCGCUUACAAUUUAAACGGGUUCUCCUGAGUGCGUGAAGCACACUCCUCGAGAGAGAGCUCCCUGGAUCUGCAAUUUGCUGCUUUUUGUGUUUGGACAGUAUUGGUUAAUCAGUCAGAUUUCAGGGUGCUUUCUUCCCCCCCCACCGAGACUUGUAAAGAGGUGCAAAGUCAUGCAGUAAGUGGUUCCUUUCUCCCCUCUGUUCCAAGCCGUGCUUAACCGUGCGAUUGUGCGUAGAAAGACGAUCAAUUCGGAGCUCUGUUUCUCUCCGACAGACCGUGCCGCGUUGGCCUGGAAGGUGUUUUACUUAGUCGCGGAGUCCUACUUGACCCGAACGAACUGACCGAUUCUCCUGUCCUUCCUUGCGGCGUCUGCUUUUGAGGGCGACGCAGUCACCGCUUGACCCGAGACUGGGUUCGAGGGAGACCGUGCGCCCCCUUCUCCCCACCCCACGGCCAGCACAGUCCCACCCAAGUUGGCACGCUGACCAUUCUCCACUGAUGGUGUAGAGGGUGCGGUGCUGCUCAGCAGUGCGACUGGAGAGCAGGGCUCAACAGGAAAUAACUGGUGUUUUACCCAGGGUGCGGAAGCAUCAGUCUCCAGGGACUGAGUGAACGUUUUGACACUGAUUUCUGACUGAAGUGGGGGGGGGGGCGGCCAUAUUGAAUCGAUGAUGAAAUUGUCCCACCUUUUUGCGAGUGGUGGUUGGAACACUUGGUUAAAAAGCAAAAAAGAAAGCUCAAGAAUUUUUAUAUAAUCAGGCGAAUUGUAAAUGUGCUGUAACAGAUAACUUAUUUUAGUCUUGUUUGUAAACUUUAACACAACAUGCUGAUUUACGGUGACUGGCAAACUUCAGUUCGAGUUUUUUUUGUAUUGGAGUUGCUGGUUUUAAUGUGAUGCAGUGAUCCUAUCCACUGUUGUAAUCUUGCCUUUUCACUCUGUAUAAAGUUUUUUUUUUGCCUUCGAA